UACCGUAAUUACGCAAAAUUAUUGUUAUUAUCGCCAAACUAUGUAAUAAUUCGAUUAUAACCCUUUUUAUCAUAAUAUGCCAACAACUUGCAUUCGAUAACCAACAGUGCAAUUGUAUACGUUUAUAAAUGGCGACCGAAUUCGUAAUUCGAGAUUUUAGAAUUUACCAGUAAUGGUGAACUGCUCACGUGCUUACUGCUCACAGGCACAACGUGUACUGCAUCUAGAAACACCAUAUAUGCCAUUAUAAUCGUUUGCGACAGAAACAAAAUUAUCUACUGCUCUGCUUAGUUACUAUCAUGUAUUACGUAUUUCUGUUAUUUUUAUGCAUAGCCGUUACCAUUAUAGUAUGCAUCAUCUAAAAGUUACGGAAUACGUAGUAACCAUACAGAAUACGUACCAGUAAUUAUAUACAGUAAUGAAUUUUCCGUUUGGUUCAAUUAAAUGGACGACUGACUGGAUUUGGAAGUCAGCUGCAACUUGAAGGCCAUUCAAAUUUGGCUCAAAAUGUGCUAUUUCAUCAAAAACUGUACCAAUUAAAAUCAUACCGGGAUUUACACCCUUGAAUUUUCUUCAUCUAACUAUUGUAAGGUGCUCAGAAACUCACACGUAGUACAGUGCUGACGUACAAGUACAAUUAUGGUUAAUCUAACCUAAAUUUAUUUAUUCCCUCGACAUGAACAUCAUAAACUCUUAAAAUUUUAACCGGUAAUCAGCUUAAGAUUUCAGAACCAAAAAGUUUAUAUACAGCAGUAUUUUUACAAUCUGUUGUACAAUUAUGGAGCUCCCUUGUGCAGUGCUUGUUUGCUUUCUGAGGAUUUUUAAAGUUUCGCAAGUCAACAGUUUCGUCAUCAAUACCGAUCCAACAUAUCCGCGUUGGCCCGGAAGAACCAUUCCCUAUUAUUUCAAUCCAGGGGACUACAGUCAAGCUGAAAUGACGCUCAUGCAAGCGGCCAUGACGCAGAUUAGUAGCGAUAUGGGCAACCAGUUCCAGUUCAUACAACGGACAUCUUCCGCUAACAAUGGUCAGAGCUUCGUGAUUAUUUCCCGAUCCGGAUCAUCUACGUCACAAACGCCGGCUCAAACAUGCGUGACCUUUCCCGGUAUGGUGUACAAUCAGAAUGGAGUGGGUCAGUAUAUGUCCAUGGUACCCGGCAGAGACGGUUGUUUGCUAAACAUCCGGCAAGCUAUGCGAUUGUUUGUCUCUCUUAUGGGUUUGCGGUCAGAGCACAGAAAACCUUCUCGGGAUACUUUUAUUACGUUCGACAACACCGUCAUGACACCGGUUGCUCAGGCGGCUGGAUCCCUUGCACCAUAUAAUCCAUCGCAAGUUCUUAGUAAUAGUGCAACGAUGGACUAUAAUUCAAUAACGCUAUUGGAUGACCAAACGUUCACAACUACUCCUGGAGACAGUAUAAUUGACGCGAAUCUCGGGCAGCCCAUAUUUAAUUCUGGAAGACUCAGCCUACAAGACUGCCAGGCAUUGGGAUUUUUGUACUCUAUUGCUACGACAGUCUGUCAAAACCCAUUUUUAAACGGAAAUAUACCUCCUGCCAACAAUCCAAACAACGGAGUGCCAUCAGGGCCAGACAUUGGAUAAAUCUUUAGUCUUUAAGACCGAUAGUUUCUCAUAUCGAAUUUUGCCAAUAUCUUGGUGCCACUGUUCAGAACUGCUUCGGAUUCGCAAAUAAUUGUCCAGAAAACAAUAAGUACGCUUUUCGUCGGCAUUGUGUCGUUUUAAUGCAAAUUUCUAUUAACUGUAAUAUAGGCGAGAACAUUCUAGAGCAAUUUUGUUAAUAAAUUGUAGCG